AUGGAGACCAAAGUGGCUAAGAACACGAUCGUUCUCCCUAAUGGCUUUUCAUUCCAUUUGAUUCUUACGUUAGGUUUUCUUGGUUUUACGUGUUAUUCCUUGCACCGACUGGAUACGCGCCUGGCAGCUGUUGAGCAGAAUUGCCAGCUAACAAGUCCUCCAAAUCAGGUCCUCGACAACGAAAUUGUUAAACCGAUAUCUACACACUCGGAGGAAACGAAGAAACAAAUCUUCAAAAGGGAUGUUUCUAGCUCAUCCAUAUGUGACAAGUGUAAAAGUUUUUGUUUUAACUCGAAAGGGCACCGGCGAAAUAAUGUGACAGUGAAACAAGGUCAGGAGAAGAUACUUUGCAUGGAAGGUCGCCGCGUUUCCCAAGGUCCUCCGGGUCCUCCUGGCUCACCUGGUCCCCAAGGCCCUCCCGGUUUACCUGGUCCUAAGGGCCCUCCCGGUAAAAGAGGAAGAAAAGGAACAAAAGGGCCACCAGGUCCUCCAGGGAGACGGGGCACUAUGAGAUUGUCAGGUCCCCCUGGGAAAUUAUCCCUCCAAACAAAACGCAAUGGCAGGCCUCAGUUAGAAUUACCGCGCAUCGUAACUGAGCCUUAUUCUGUGACGAUUCUAGAAACCCAAAAUGUCACGUUACCUUGUAAAGCAGUUGGAUUCCCUAAACCUAUCAUUACCUGGUACAAAAAUGGUCACGUACUGAAGGAGAAAGAGGAGAAAAGAGUAAAGCUGAAAAAAGGAAAUUUACACAUUAAAGAAAUUCAGUUUAAAGACCGCGGUAUCUAUACUUGUACCGCGGAGAAUCUGCUGAGUAAAGUCCAUUUAACCGUCAAUGUUACCGUGAAAGUACCAACAAAGUUCUUGACACAUCCACCGAAAUCCGUAGUCACUUACAAGACGUGGGAUACCGUACUUGAAUGUGACAUCUUUGGUCACCCCUCCCCUGAGGUAAAAUGGACACGGACUCUAAGCACACUUCCUGUCAACCGACAUGUUAUUUCUGGCAACAAGCUGACGAUUCAAAACACGACAGGGUCAGAUGAUGGUGCCUAUCUUUGUCAAGGUGUAAACCCAUUUAAUAGUGUGAUAGGAGUGAUAUGGGUCGUUGUGAGGGAUUCGGUAACUCCUAAUAUAGUAUCAAGUCCUGCAAGUAAGAUUCUAGUGCAACAUGUCGGUGACUCUGUCAGUCUGAGCUGCUCUGCCGGUGGCUCUCCACUCCCUAAAGUCAAAUGGUUUAAGGAAGGAAGACCUAUUACGACUACAACAGUCCUUGACGGGAAUGGGGUAACUGAAAGUGAACUCGUUAUUCAUGGUUUCCAGCCGAGUGACGCUGGGAAAUACGCGUGUCUGUUUUAUAACGACAAGAAUGAUACAGCAGAAGCUACCACAAGUAUUGCUUUAGUUGACUGUGGCAAUCCUGGUUCUCCACGUAAUGGAAAAAAACAUGGCUCAUACUACUGGUCUGGGGAAUCUGUGUCUUUCAUAUGCAUGCCGGGAUAUCAGCUGAUUGGACCGUCCUCGAGAAAAUGUUUGUCAUCUGGUCAAUGGAGUGGAACACAGCCAUCGUGCCAUAGAAUUUGUCCACCAUUGGGGAAACUGGUGAACGGUCAUAAUCACGGGCAGCGAAAUUUGGAAGGGGACUACAUCUCAUUCAGCUGUAAACCUGGACACAAGUUAAAGGGAUCACCAGAGCGUCAAUGUUUGAGCAGCGGUACAUGGUCAGGAGUGCAGCCCACUUGUGAAGCUGCCACAGUUAAUUGCGGCAAUCCUGGAUCUCCACGCAAUGGACAAAAGCAUGGCUCACUCUACUGGCCUGGGGAAUCUGUGUCCUUCACAUGCAUGCCGGGAUAUCGACUGAGUGGACCGUCCUCGAGAAUAUGUUUACCCUCUGGUCAGUGGAGUGGAGUACAGUCCUCGUGCCUCAGACUUUGUCCACCAUUGAUGAAACUCGUUAACGGUUUUACGAAAGGGCAGCAAAACUGGGCAGGAGAACAUAUUUCAUUUAGCUGUAAGCCUGGUUACAAGUUAAAGGGAUCAUCAGAACGUCAAUGUUUGAGCAGUGGUACAUGGACAGGAGUGCAGCCCACUUGUGAAGCUGCUAAAGCUAAUUGCGGCCAUCCUGGAUCUCCACACAAUGGACAAAAGCAUGGCUCCAAUUACUGGUCUGGGGAAGCUGUGUCCUUUACAUGCAUGCCGGGAUAUCGAUUGACUGGACCGUCCUCGAGAAUAUGUUUAUCUUCUGGUCAGUGGACUGGAACACGACCCUCGUGUAAGUAA